UUCUUAUCUCUGACUCGUUACUUUAUGUGUAGACGUUACUGACUCUACACGUAUUUUUCAUGUACAUUCCUUUCUAACCGAUUUGCCACGUAUUCAAUAACUCAUAUUUACUUUAAACUAAAGAAUAAUUUCAAAAAUGGCUCCAAAACAACGGAUGAGAAUUGCUAAUGAAAAAGCUAGCAAAAACAUCACUCAACGGGGAAAUGUACCUAAAUCAACUAAAAAUGAAAAAAAUAAGAUACCAGUUAGUCCAUGGUUAUUAGCACUGUUUUUGUUUGUUGUUUGUGGAUCUGUGAUAUUUCAACUUAUUCAAAGUAUAAGAAGUGCAUAAUUUAAAAAAAUGAAGAAAUUGAAUUCAUAACUUUACCAAAACAUAUGCAUCUCAAUAUUUUCCUUUUAUUCAAUGUUCUUUAUUUCCUCAAAGAUUUAUACUCAUUUAUGAUUGUAAAAAUUUAAACUUCAUGUAUUGUAUUAAUUGAAUUAUACCAUAUUAUACAACCAGUUCUAUUCCUUA